AUGGAUUACGCUAUCAGUGUGUUUGGUGUUCAUGCAUUGGAGUCAGUGUCGGUUCUGGAGGGAGAUUCAGUCUCUCUAGACUCUGGUUUUACUGAAAUGAUGGAUGAAGAUGUGAUUCUGUGGGGUUUUGGAUCUGAAAACACUUUAAUAGCUGAAAUCAAUGUAAUGGUCGGCAGUGCUACUUUAUAUGAUUAUGUUCUUGAUGAGAGAUUCAGAGACAGACUGAAGCUGGAUCAUCAAACUGGAUCUCUGAUCAUCACUAACAUCUCAACUCUACACACUGGAGAUUAUCAACUACAGACCAGCAGUGUGAGAAAGAGCUUCAGUGUCUCUGUCUACGCUCGUCUUCCUGUUCCUGUCAUCAGCAGAGACUCUUCACAGUGUUCAUCAUCAUCUUCAUCAUCAUCAUCUUCUUCAUCUUCAUCAACACCAUCAUCAUCAUCUUGUUCACUGCUGUGUUCGGUGGUGAACGUGGGCCAUGUGACUCUCUCCUGGUACAAAGGAAACAGUUUAUUGUCCAGCAUCAGUGUGUCUGAUCUCAGCAUCAGUCUCUCUCUACCUCUGGAGGUGGAACAUCAGGAGAAAAACACCUACAGCUGUGUGAUCAACAACCCCAUCAGAAACCAGACCACACAUCUGAACUUCAGUCAGCUCUGUCACACGUGUUCAGGUACAGCAGAGCUGAUGUUAGCAUUUACUGCAACUAUCCACUUAAUUCAUUUGUUGAUUUUUACAAAAACUUAAGAUGCCAGAAAUGAUGAAUGUUCCUCUGUUAUCAUUUAGUUCACU